AUGGAGAAGGAGCUUUUGUCAGCAAGCCUCCGCGGAGGCUCCUGGGGCUAUCCCCUUUCAGGUCUAAGCGGCCAUCACCUCCAUGGAGGCAUCAAAUAUCAGCCCCCGUCGACUUCACAUCGAACCUCAUUCCCCAUCGUCUCCCGAAACACGGCACUGAUGUUGCUGGGCCGAAAGUCGGUGGGUCUCGGAACGAUCAUGGAAGCAAACAAUCUCCCCAGAAAGUCCUGCGAUCUUUGCUACAAUCGCAAGAUCAAGUGCGACGGGCAGAAACCGCGCUGCUCAAACUGCAUUGCCUAUGAUGUCGAAUGCAAGCAUACUGCCCCAAGUCGCAGGUCGAAACCCAAGUCACAACGCAAUAGGAAUGCUGCUGAUGUGGACGAAAUCAAACUGCUGAGAUCUGAAGUACAGCAUCUGAGGACGCAGCUUGAUCAACAUACAAUGCAACAAUCCAAGGACCAGGCUGCCCCCCUGAACUCAAGACAGAAGAACACCGCCGCAGUGGAGGUUGGAGUUGCCCCUGUUGAGUAUGAACCUACUGAUGAUUAUGAGAGUACGACCCCCAUGGGUUUACCUCCAUUGGAGCAAGCUAUGUCUCUACUGGGCGUCUUUCUCACAAAUUUCAACUCGGUUCUUCCCCUGUUCAAUGACGAUGCACUAUUGCGCUUGUUUGGGGAGUGCUAUGCAACUCUACCCCAACAGCGUGAUCCCGUAGAGUGGGCGGCCAUCAACGUUGUGUUAGCGUUGGCUUGCCAGCAUAUGCCCGAGGCUACUAGUUAUCCAUGGGGAAGUGCCCGGCCUCGGAGUUACUACAUUGACAAAUAUCUCAAUCAAGCACAGUCAGUUGUCUCAACCGUCAUCUUGGGCCAGAUCCGACUCCUCAACAUCCAAGUCCUAGUAGGCAUGAUAAUGGUGCUUCAGACGGCGCAUGAUGUUACUCCAGCUUUGAUCCUGAUAUCAGCCACAAUCCGUCUUGCGCACAAGAUUAGCCUACACAACCGUGCCGGAUCAGCGCAUCUGGACCCAGUGGAUAGGAUACAGCAUGCGCGUGUCUUCUGGCUAGCAUACAUCCUGGACAAGGACCUAAGCCUACGAGCUGGGCAACCUUCGCUUCAACUCGAUGAUGACGUUGACCUAGACUUGCCUUCUCAUAUGCCGCUAGAUGGUGACAAGCAGGGCGACAAACAGGGCGACAUGGCCGGAGUUAUCGUGACAGCAAACGGGAACGCCAAGAUGAACUACUUCCUGAUGCGCGUGCAUCUGGCCAAUAUUGAAGGUGGCGUGUACGACUUCCUCUACUCCACACGAUCUCUGAAACGCAGCCCAGAAGAGAGAUCUCUUGCAAUGGAGAGCAUCGCCACUGCUCUCGAGAAAUGGCAAGAGUCUAUACCGCCGGAGUUCCUCGCCGAUGCCGUCACCUCAAGUACGAUCAACAACCCUGCCAUGGCUGGCUUCUUUUGCGUCCUGCACGCAGCUAGCUUGGCUUGCAUAACCCACAUCAAUCGGGCUCACGCCUGGGACAAGCAGUGGCUAAAGGGUCUUCGUGACCAUGGAAGGGGCACCGAGACCUUGCAGCUCCCGCCAAAAUGGGAGCAGCUUGUGGGCCAAGCCCGAGCAUACGCUCUGUUAUUUUCGGAGACGUGGUCAAGCGAGGCAUGGUUCAACUGGAUGACCUCGUGCUCCUAUACAUCAUCCAUGGUGCUUAUGACAACCAACAAUCUAUUCCAUCCACAACACGAGAACAUACAACAAGAUGUUCAUCUUGUCGAUGCAGCCUUGAUAUGGCUCAAUGGAGCGGUAAAACACAUCCACCAAGAAGAGACGGAAAGGCUUCUGGCAUUAUGCAAUGAGGUUGUCCGUAAAGUGCGACGGAAGCGCGCAGAGGCUUUCUCGGAGGAGUUUGGCGGGGGUCGGUUCGUGAAUUUCCUUGAACAUGCUUAA